GGAUAAGAGAAACCUGAGUCCCUCUGAACGACCGGUCUUCCACGUACCUCUUCCCUUCUGUUAUUCAUUGAUAGUUCACACUAUUUAUCGGCGACAAUGGCUUCAUAUACGGAUGAAAAAUACUUGCUUGCGCUGGCGGACAUUGACCCAGAACUCAAAGCUUUCUUGGAGAAAGCCAAUCUUCCACCAGUCAAUUAUGACGACCUGGACGACUUCAAGGUCAUGGUUGAGAAGCGCAAUGCCGCUGCGAUGGAAGCCCUGGGGCAACCACCGCCGGAAAUCAAGCAAACCGAGCUCCACUACCCUACCAGCGAUGGUUCCAAGAUCCGCGCAAAGCUCUAUCAGCCGACUACGCCUCCCAAGGGAGGUAGUCCCCUGAUCGUCAUGUACCAUGGCGGCGGUUUUUGCAUCGGUGCUCCCGAAGGCGAAGAACAGACGUGCCGGAACUUUGUGCAAGCCUUCGGGGCCGUCUGCAUCUCGGCCACCUACCGCCUGGGACCGGAGUGGAAGUUUCCCUAUGCCGUCAAGGACUCGUGGGACUGUUUGAGAUGGGCGGCCGAAAAAGCCAAAUCUUGGGGUGCCGAUCCCUCUGUUGGGUUUGUCAUAGGUGGUACGUCGGCUGGCGGCAACAUCACGGCUGUGCUGGCACAUGUUGCUCGAGACGAGAAACUAUCACCUCCACUGACGGGCGAAUAUCUGGCCAUCCCGGCUCUCGUCCCCGACACCAGGGUCCCAGAGAAAUACAAAAAGUACUUUUUGUCGUACAAGCAAAACAAAGAUGCGCCUGUACUGCCCGUGGCGGCCAUUGACAUGUUCAUGAGGGGCUACCAACCUGACGACGAUGACGGCGUCUGGUAUGCUGCAUUCAACCAUCCAAAGGGCCACGCCAAUUUACCUCCGGCUUUCUUCCAGAUUGACGGGAUGGACCCACUGCGGGACGACGGGAUCGUUUAUGAGCGCGUCCUGAGGGAGGAGUACGGCAUCAAGACCAAAAUGAACGUGUACCCAGGUCUGCCUCACGGCCACUGGGGAUUCUUCCCAUUCUUGAAGGCCAGUGAGACAUUCCGAAAGGAACAAGUCGAGGGCAUGGGCUUCCUUCUGGGCAAGGAGCCUGAUUUCAGCAAAGUGGUCACCAAAGCCGUCGCGGCAGGUGUUUGAGUCGGUCCAACAUGGACGGUGUACAUAGCUGCGAGCGACUGUUGGCAGUGGAAACCAUACUUACAAGUUAGAGUAGAGGUAGGGGUAGAAGUAGAAAUAGCCAAGAGAGCAUGCCAAAGAAAAAGACAGAAACAUCGGUCAUUGGUCGUUGAAGAUCAUUUCCAUCAUCAUGGCACG